AAGGGUAACAAUCAUCCAAAGAAGCUGUUAAAGUAAAUAACGUAAAGUGAAAAGAUGAAAACAUGUAGUAGUAUGUUUUUCUAAUCCUAGUAUCCUAUAUGCACUAAACAAUUACAUAUUUAUUUCUAAUUAAUUGUUACCAAAAGCGUGAAACUGCAAUACUCCAUCCUGGCAAAGGAAAGCUCAUAAAUCCCAUUUCAUAUCAAAUUAGGCUUCUAAAUUUGAUCCAUAUCAUACUUGGUCAAGAAUUUCUUCUCCUAUAAAUUAAUUAGCAAUGAAGCACAUUGUAUUUGCAAAGUAAACCUAAACUUCUCAUAACAGUCUUCCAAUAUGAGAAACCACAGUCAAUUUGUUUUUUCCUGCAUUGUUAACCAACUUUCACAAAAACAAAAAUUAUCAAAGAAUGCUCAUCAAUCGUCUUCUUCUUUACCCCUUUUAAACAUUAUCUCAUCCUUACGGAUUCGACAUGGUAGUUGGUAUAUACCAUCUUCAUAUAAUUUAACACAACCACAAGUACUCUACCGUCGUCGAGUGCAAACCCUAUCGAAUAAUAUCUAUUUCACCCCUUCUAUUCUCAUGUCCGACGUCAAAUUCUACCUUGAAAUUUCAAAACUAUUUGGGAAUUGGAACGCGGUGUAUCAAGAUCAACGUGAUGCGAUAGUGGAAAGUACAAUGACACAAGUGCGUAGUAUCGCUGAGUCUAACAAGGGUCAUCACGGAGUGUUGGAAUUAUCUGUGGAUGUAAAAUUGGAGUACGACCAUGUUUUUGAUUAUAGGAUUGUGUUUCCAGAAGAGCAUGGUAUGGUGCCAGCUAGUAAAUCAUCCCUGCAGUUAUUACAGAAGAUGGAGAUUGAUGAAAAAAAUACCAAGGACGAAUGUAUAGUGUGUUUAGAGGAGCUUGUGACGAAGGAAUCUGAUCAUGAAAUACUUAGCAUGCCUUGUUCUCAUAUGUUCCAUGGAGAGUGUAUCACCAAGUGGCUCGAGACAAGCCAUUAUUGCCCUAUUUGUCGCUAUGAGAUGCCCAAGGAGAAAGAAGAUCAGACUUGUGCCAGUUGAACAAACAACCAAUUAAAUUUUACAACCUAUCGUAGUGUGUGUUUUCGGAGCGGCACGUAUGCAAGAAUUGGUACCGAUAAAUAGUUUUAGAAAAUCUUUUGAGAUAAUGCAUAUGUGUAGAAAUAGUAGGAAACAAUAGUUGAUAUGAUUCCAUGGGAUUUCUUUAUUAUACAAUAUCAUAAACUCUUAGUUGUUUUUAAUGCUUUAAUUUUUAUGGAUGCGAUAUCACAUUGUUUUGAUAUUUUGAUUUGAAAAUUUCUAGUUUGCGCUCGGUUCCACAUAGUAGUAAACACUAAGGAACAUUACGGUUUAAGUAUAAAAUUUUACCUACUUAUACUC